AGGCACAACAUGAAGUACGCCUUGGUCGCGCUGUUUGUUGCACAGCUUCUCUGUGCAGAGGCUUCUGUCUUGACCGCAACUUCGACUCUCCCUGUGUCGAGCGCCUUCACUACUUUGGAACCUUCGAGUACCUCAAGACUUGCACUUCGUGGUGGAAGUGCUGAAGAUGAUGAGAUCGCAAAGGAGGCUGCCGCCCUCGGCAAGGUCGCCGUCACUUUCGAGGUUUCAGUUCACCACCUGAGGCCCGCCAACGGCCCACCAGUGAAGGUAAUGGUGGUUGGCAACACCCCCGACCUUGGCCAGUGGGACGUCAGCAAGGGAAUCUCCUUGAUCACGACACCUGAGAACUUUCCUAUCUUCACUGGAGUUGCCUUCACCGACCCCAACACCGAGUUGGAGUACAAGUACGUCAUCGUCAAGGCACAGCCUGGAGGCCAGGGACCUGAUAGCCAGUGGGAGGCAAACAACAGACAACUCAAGGUUGGUACCAACGGUGUCAUGCACGUGAAGAACGCCUACAUCGAGAACCGCCUGUCCGAUCCGAGAAUCACCGACGAGCCCUUCCAGCUCACCGCGCAAGAAUGGUCGAGGUGGUUCAGGCAUCACCUUAGCGUACACUAGGCUGAGAGUUGAUCGCGCUCUGCCUGAGCUGUCUAUCUGAUCUUGACUGUGACAACAUUGUUCCUGUGAUUCCGAGACAUCUGAGCUCGUGUGAAACUCCUAGAUCUG